AUGAUGCUGAAUGCAAGAUUUUCUCUUCGCUCGAACGCUGGUUGCAAAAUCAACCACUACCCCCACCCCUCCCCUCCUCCUGCGCUUCAAAAAUCAAUUGCUCCAUUACCGGUAAAGGGUGUCAAUAAUGCGACUACCGCUAAUUUGACACAGCCAAACUAUAACCAAGCGAUUGCUGCGCAACUGUUGCUGAGACAAAGAAAGUCUACCAUGGCCUGCAAUCGUCCGCGAAAACGGAUAUUUGAAGGACUUGAAAUCUUUUUUGUGAAGAAAAGACAAAUUAGAACGCAAAUUAACAUAUUGAAGCAAAAAAUUGAAGAGCGCGGAGGUUUGGUCAACGAAACGAGAAUCUGGAGAAUGGAUUCAACUACACAUGUCGUUUACUCUAAGGGAGCCGAAGACCGCGAGAUCAUCGGAGAUUCGGCGUUACAUGUGCGCAUUGAGUGGCUAUCGGAAUGCAUAGAACACGAUUCUCCCUGGCGAUUCUCUUGUUUCCUGUGAUACAUUUAAAUUGGUAAGUGCUUUCUUCACUAAUGACACUAAUUGUAAUGAUAUGCGCACUCUCGACACGCUCUCACGGAGGGGUUAUAAGUGACGCUUGAUUUGAGCAUAGGGAACCCACGCUCUUAUUUGUAAACUGAAAAUGGAAAUUAAAUAAGAGAUUAAAUCGUACCUGUUUUGUUCUAUUCUUGAAUCUGCUGUGGUGCGAGGUGAAAUGAAAGUUGUUUUACGAUGCGAAAAUUAUGUUCAAGUCGACGCUUUAUAAACUGUUGUUAAUUUCACAAUGCUUUAUGUGGUUUGGCUCUCAUUUUACCGUUGGUGUCACGCGCCGUUUGUUAUUAUCAUGUCGCGUUUCAUUGUUAGUUAUUAAUUUAUUAAUAAGUCGAGAGAGGGUAUAAAAGAGAAAAGAGACAUUAUUUUUUAUAUUAAAAUGUUAAUUCAAAUUGUUAGUAACUUAAUAACCAACGAUGAAACGCGAGACUACAAUAAAAACCGGCGCGUGACCACAUAAAGCAUUGUGAAAUCAACAACAGUUAAAGCGUUGACUUGAACAAAGUUUUCGCAUUGUAAAACAACCUCCAGUUCACUUCGCACCACAGCAGAUUCAAGAAAAAAAUAAAACAGGUAAUAUUUUAUCUCUUAUUCAAUUUCCAUUUGCAGUUUACAAAUAAGAGCGUGGGUUCCCUAUGAUUUGAGCAAAAACGAGUUCAUAAUAAGGUAUAUUACGUGAAGAGAGCACAUUUUCCCGCCUGAUUAUUAAUUAGGGGAAAAUACGGCCGUAAGCCCAAAUCGAAAUUGGGUGUCCUGUGGAAUAGGUCUAGCUUUGUACAUACAUAUUUAUUACAAUCCUUGCAGUCGGGAGUCUACAUAUAGGAUAUUUUAGAAGUAGUCAGCAACGAAAAGCCUUUUGUUUAAUUCGUUUUUUUUUUUUCGACUUGAUUGCAGGGUGAACUCCAUGAGUUUUCCCCGAACAAAACACGAGCAAAAGAAGACAUAAGACACAUGACAAUCCAACACAGCGUAAAAAGGCGAAGAAAAAACCUAAAUGGUAAGUCAUUAGUAAAGGAUAUUCUAUAUUUAACAACUGCCGAGACUGAUGUAUCUAGAACAGUUGGGCCUAAACAGCCUUGAUUGCCAAUAUUGAUCCCAGUCCACUCGCAAGUUUUAGGUGGGAAGCUUCAACGUGGCGUACAUGACAUCAAAACACGUUACACCACGGCUGAGCCGGUGGCCAUUUUUGUAAAAAUGGGAAGCAGGGCAGAUUCAUCCCUGACAACUCUUAAGCGUUUGCUAGACAAAGCCGAUAAUGGAGAGUAUUCUUGUUCAUCAACUUAAAUGAGGUAUAGCUCUCUGCACAACUGUGAACACUUCGUAAAAUGCAAGCAAGCCUGAACAGAAAAUAAGGUCAUUUAUUUUUUGCUGAGAAUGAUACUAAACGAGUUUACUAUCAAGUUAACUUGAUUCUCCUUUCUUUUGUAGAAAUCAAGGUGUGUCUCAAAGGAUUGUCCCAGUUUAAGGAGGGAGUUUCUAAAAUACAGCAACUGCUCUAUUUGCGAAAAGGCAUCAAUCUCCAUUUGCAA